UUCUAGGCACAUAGCAAACAGUAUCUCUGUUCAAUCUUUAGUUAUGGGACCAUACAGCUAGUACAUUUUUAUUGUAUAAACAACCCAGGAACAAAGGGUACUGAUUUGGGUGCAAUAUCCUCAAGGUCUCUUACCUAGUCAGAUGGCGAGCUGUUAAUGGUCACUUUUCAAUGAGUUCCACCUAGUACUUGAAAUGUAUUCUGAAGGCAGUAAAGGAAAGAAGGCUUGAAUCUUAGACUUUCAAGUGGCCAACCCUCCAUUAGUUCCAUUAGACUGCUAUUAGACUUUUAUUGGACUGCUUUCCUGCAGCUAACAACAGUCUGUGGAUUAAAGUAUUGUUAAUGAUUUCUGAAAGAGGGGGAGCAGCGAUGUUUGCUAUGGGUAGGGGAGGAGGUACAAGUCCAUUUAGGCUGACAUGCUAGUGAGAGUAGAACAGAUUAUUUGGUUUAAAGAUCUGAGUUUUUCCACUUGCUCGCUUGAGAAAACCAUUGCUUACCAACCUCAGUGUUAAGGUAGGUUCCUUGUGCCCUUGGUUAGACCUAUAUGUUACCGAUUUGAGAGCAAUGUGGGACUUAUUCCUCAGCCUGUUACCUUCUUUGCUGCUGGUCCUGGUUACAAUAUUGCGUCGAUGGAACUGGAUCUGUCAUCUUGCAGAUAGUACUGUUCAGCAGUUGGGUCACUGUAUGUGGAUUAUGGCCUGUAGAGUCUUGAAACUGCCAUGCUUUACAGUAUCAGGAUCCACAGAAGAAUGCCAAGCAGAAGUCAGACUGAUCUGUAAACCCACGGCCCUUGCCAGCCACCUGAAGAAACACUGCUAUACUUUGGCCCAGCCUCCUCUGGCAAAAUGGCCUCAGGCCGACCCUCAUUUUCAGAUAAUUACCAAUCUCAUGUGGCCCACAAAGGAAGGUGCUGAACUGCAAGGAGGAGUCCGCUUUACACGGGAUAACCUUCUCCUAAAGGAUGGGGGUAUUGUGGCCCUGGAUUGGGCUGUGAGUCUGACGGACCAACAAGCUCAGGCCAAAAGGGAUCAUCAUCCUGGAGGAAGAUUUCUGGGCUCUAGUAAUCCUGCUAUUGUUGUUAUAAUUCCCAACGCCCUAGGCAGAGUAACACCACACUUGCUCAUGUUGUGCUACAAGGCUUUGCAACAGGGUUUCUAUCCAGUGGUUUUCCAUCGACGUGGUCAUGGCGGCUGCCCACUGACUACUCCACACUACCAGGAGUUUGGAAAUACUUCUGACCUUGCACAAGCAGUAGCAUACUUGCAGAGUCGUCAUCCAUCCUCAACUUUGCUUGCAGUAAGUGAGGGCUCGGGAUCAGGGCUACUGCUGUCCUAUUUGGGGGAAUGUGGCUCUUCAUCCUACCUGACGGCCGCUGCUUGCAUCUCUCCUGUGUUUCAUGGACAACUGUGGUUUGAGUAUGAGCUACCUUGGCUUCAUCAGUGGAUAGCCCUCAUCUACCGCAAGUUUCAAAUAAACAGGUACGCCACUGCUUUGAGCUCUGUGAUGGAUGUAGCAAAAAUUCUACAUUGCAACUCCUUGAGAGAUAUGGAAGAGCUCAUGUUCUGUGCUCCUAAGCAGUCGGAGCAAAGAAUAUCAGACUCAGUGGACAAUGUUGGAAAGGACAAUUCAAGAUUAUCAGUGAAGCCUGACUGGCCAAGUUACUGGGAGAGGAAUGAACCUUUACGAGAUGCAGAUGAAGUGGCAGUGCCAGUGCUCUGUUUGUGUAGCCAAGAUGACCCUCUUCUUCCACCUCUCUCCACUAUACCUGAGGGACUUUUUCAUAAUAGCCCUUACUUCCUGCUGGCUGUGACGCAACAGGGAGGACACUGCAGCUUUAUGCUUGAGGAUGGUCAUGGAGGUACUACUUCCUGGAGUCAUUCUGUGGUGCUGGAAUACUUUAGGGUAGUUCCCGAUUUCUUCAGGGUAGAGGAGAAGAAAGGUUUCAAAGAUGUUAUUGCACAAUGUGGCAGCCAGAGUCUGAGGCAUAGCGCCAGUGCUGUGCUGUCCAGAAGAAGAACAACCUUGCUCCGGAAAGAAAGACCCAUCCGAAGGCGGCAAAUCUCAACUCCCUCUGACAAAUUCACAUUUGAAGAGGAACAGGAGGAUUUUACUUGGAAUAGAUCCUACACACGCUGAGUGAGAGAAGCAGGUGGUACCAUAAGGUCAUAGCAGAUUGGCAGUGUUAAAAUUCCUACCAGUACAUGUUUCAGAAAUAUGAGGUGCCCUUAGUUAGGAAACCACAGUUUUGCAGAAAUUAGUAAGGAGGACACCAUGGAAGAUAAAGGGAACCAAAUGGAAAGACCAUGUUGAUAGACAAAAGGGACAUCUACUGACUGGCAAGGGGCUUAAUUAUGUUGACAGCUUGGCCUAUAGCAUUAGAUGCUAUAUUUAGCCAAUUUUUUGUAAAAAUUAUGUUGGAACAAGUUGGUCGAACUCUCUAUGUGCAAGACAGUUUUCUUCUCAAAAGAUAAAGAGCUCUGUCAAAAUUUUGGAACCAUUGUCUGAAUUCAAAAGCACCAUGUUCAAAAGGAAUCAUUAAAACAAUCCUCAUGAAAAGGAUGUUCAGGAAAGUUUACACUUACUACACCUAGAAUUUAACAGCAGACAAAUGUAUUAAAGUAUACAAAUGACAAAACCAAAAUUUACUAAAAUUACUUUAUUACAGUUGAUUUGUUUGUCCAGUAGCCCUCUGCCAACAAAAGGAGUAAUUACAAACAAAACAUUACAUUUGUCCCCUUAGGUUUUCAUAAUUUUUGUAUAUUUUAAUUCACUUGUAAGUGUUUGUUAUGAAUAGCCUUAACAAUUUUUGUAAUCUCUCCAACAUUCAGUUUUUCACAAUCUAUAUAUUUUAAUACAGGUUAUAUUUGGAUUGCUAUUGUAAUUUUGAAGCAGGAAAAUGAGACAACGACCAUCAAAAGAAAAAGGACGAAAUACUGGUAA